GCGUCCUCGACCAGCUCAUAGAGAUGAUUGGCGUGACUUCGAGAUACAAUCGUGUCAAGCUGUUCCAGACAUGGUACUCAUUGGCACAGAUGUUACCAAAGGGUGGCGAUGCUGUAUGGGGUGCAGGUACUGAAGGAUCGGCACCAGAUGACAUUGUAGAUGGGUUCAGUUGCGGUGGCUGGCUGAUGAAGUCGACCUCACAGACACCUCCAG